GUCGCAUCUUUCCCCUCGCGCGCGCUCCCUUGGUGAAGGACUGAGGUCUAGCUAAGGCCCCGUUACCUUAGUUCCAGAAAUGCCCUGCCUAUGAGAGCCUUUUCCUUCUAAUUCCUCACAAGCAGGCCGUGGCGCCAGGCGGAGGUUCCUCGCCUGGACCCGGCCCGCCGUCCAGCCAUGCCUAAGAAAGGGAAAAAGUUCAAGGUAGCCUUGACGGAUGAGGAACAGCUGCUUUUGUUUCAACAGAAGAUGCUGGCAGAGGAGGAGGCAACCAAGAAGAAAGAGAGGCUCAUCGCCCAGUUCUUGAAGGACAAGCUGGCCAAGGAAGAACACAACAGCGCCCUGAACCUUAACAAGAUCAACACGCAGUGGAGAACUGUCCUCAGAGAGGUGAAGAACACAGAGCUUCACAAGGACCUUGAGAUCCUCAGCCAGACGUUUGAACGCGUGGUGGACUGCAAGGACAAUGUCAUCAAGUCUUUGGCUAAGGACUUGACUGAAGCUGAGGAGCAGUAUGCCCAUACCCUGCGUAGCCACCUGCACAAUUUGGACCAGCUCCUGACCCUGCAACGCCGGCGCCUCAGCCUCCUGGAGGAAAAUUACAACAUGGAGCUAGAGGCCCUGACGAAUGAGUUUGAGAAGGAAAGGAAGACGAUCGUCGACCAGCACGAUAAAGAGAUUCGCUAUUUACAGGAUGUCUUCAUGGCCAUGGAGCAGAACUACAUGGACUCUGAGUAUGAGAGCAAGCUUGAGUUCCAGAGCAUGUGGGAUGAUCUGAAAAACAAGAAUUUAGAAGAGAAGCACUUUCUCCGCCUGAAACUGGAGAACAUAGUGGAAGAUCUGUGGAGAAAGUUCCAGGAUGCCCUCAAGAACUACACCGAUGCCACAGAGGAUCGCAAGGUUGCCUUUGAGACUCUGAAAGUGAAGGAUGAGAAAAGCUCCAAAGAGAUUGAGAUGCAGAUGAAAAAGAUCCAGAAGCUGCAGGAGGCCAUAGUUAUAUUGAAAGGGAAGAUCACAGCCCACAGCCGAGAAAGUGAGUGGCAGAACCAGGGCAUCCGCUCAGACAGGGAGCUGGUCCAUGUACAGCUUCGCAAACUCAAGGCCCAGAAGAUGCAGGCUCGGAGCCUGUCUCAGGAGAACCUGGUCAAACUCACCCUGGAAAGUAACGCCACCCUCAAGGCCCUGAAAAAGGUCGUGGAGAAGGGUGAAAAGGUCCUUAAGCUUGCUGAAAUAUGCAGGAAAUUUGAAACAGAGGAAGAAAAGGUACUACCUUUCUAUUCUUCAAUACUGACUCCCAAGGAGCAGGAGGAGAUGGAGAAGCAGAACCCGGAAGAACUCACAGAGGAGCUUGCCAAGCUUAUGCUGGACUAUUCCGGGAUGGAGAAUUUCUGGAAAAGAUACAACAAAGUGAAGCUGGAGGUCCUGAGCCUGCAGCACAGGCGGGCACAGCUGCUGGACAUGAGCGCGAAGCUGCGGGAGAUGCUCAAACAGUACCUAGAUGGCAUCUCUGUGAGCGACGAGGUGCUGAGCCAGCUCAACCCACUCUUCAUCGUGAACCACAAGAGCAACCUGCCUGCGCUGUCCCCCCAGCGGGGCCACAAAGGACAGCCAAACAUUUACAACGUCAUCGAGGCGGCCCACAUCUGGCGGCCCAAGUCGCCGCCUCCCGCAUCCUGUCUUCCAGCACCCUGUGAUGACAGGAAGGGACCUCUUUCCAAAUCCCCGGGAGGUUCUCCUGUUUGAAACCCAAGUGCUCCCCUGUUACAGACUCGGAUGGAAGCUCAGGACUGCACUCUAGUUAUUUAUUAGCACUAUCCCCUGCAUGUAACCAGUAAGUUAUCCCUUAAAAAUAAAUAAAAGUAAGACAAAAAAACUUCCCUGUAGUUUGGAAGUUCCCUAAAACAAACCAACUAACCCAAGGUCCUCAGGUGAUGGAGGCACAUGCCUUUAAACCCAGCGCUAGGGUUGGUUGUGGGCCCAGAGCUCUGCAAGAUCUACAGAGUGAGUUCAAGGACAGCCCGGGCCACAGAGGAAAAUAAAAACAACCAACGAAACAAAAAGUCUCACCCAGGCCUCAAACUCCCUGUUUAGCUGAGGAUGACUUUGAACUUCAGAUCCUCCCGCCCCUCUGAGGUCACAGGUGUGUGCCCCCAGGUCAGCCAUGCUGGAGCUUCAGAUUGAUCAGGGGGUUUGCAUCCUAGACAAGCAUUAUACCAGCUGAGCCCUGCCUCAGCCCUGGUAAGGUCUUCAUCAUCUUUGUUUACUUCAGGGACAUUAUGGUCCCAGGGAGAGAAUGCCUAGGUACCUUACCAGGAGGUGAAACUGGCUUCCUCCACAGCAUCAAGACACUGCAGGAGGCAGAUUCAAGGCCAGUUCUUCAAGGUAUGUUAGGACACCAGGAGCAGGAAAGAGGAAGAGGUGCUCCAAGACCCCUAGCCACUCAACUGCAAGCAAGAUCUCAAUCCAAAAUGCUUUUUUUUCCUACCCAUGAAAACAACCUCAGGGGCUGGAGAGAUGGCUCGAUGGUUAAGAGCACACUGUCUACUCUUCCAAAGGACCCGGGUUCAAUUCCCAGCACCCACAUGGCAGUUCACAACUGUCUCCAUUUCCAAGGGAUCUGACACCUUCAUGCUGAUGCACAAAAAUGAAAUUAAAUAAAAUUAAAAAAGAAAACAGCCUCAAAGUAUCGGGUAAGAAGGGUUACACGUCUGUAACUGAUGCUGAGCCAGGAGGCCUGUGAGUCUGAGGCCAGCUUGGUCUACACAGCAAAUGCAAGACCCUGUCUUAGAAGAAAAGGGAACCACAGAGACGGCUCAGCAGGGAGAGCACUUGUUUCACAAGUCUGAAGACCUCAGUUCAAUCCCGGAACCGUCCUACAGGUGGAAGGAGAGAACUUUACAAUGGCGUCUGAUGCCCACACUCAGGCUGGCGCACGGUAAUAAGGAAGACAGUAAAGGAAGGGGGUGGUACC